AUGAGAUCUAAUGUUGCCGCCCUGAACACUAAUGAAGGAAGUCAGACGGCAGUACAGCAAGCCCUUGGGGACUCAUUUCUCACACCACCAAAGAUUCCACCAAAGAUCUCCAACAUCUCUUCAGAUGUCACUGUGAAUGAGGGCAGCAAUGUAACCCUGGUCUGCAUGGCUAAUGGCCGUCCUGAACCUGUGAUCACCUGGAGACACCUUACACCAACUGGGAGAGAAUUUGAAGGAGAAGAAGAAUAUCUGGAGAUCCUUGGCAUCACCAGAGAGCAGUCAGGCAAAUAUGAGUGCAAAGCUGCCAAUGAAGUCUCCUCGGCGGAUGUCAAACAAGUCAAGGUCACUGUGAACUAUCCUCCCACUAUCACAGAAUCCAAGAGCAAUGAAGCCACCACAGGACGGAAAGCUUCACUCAAAUGUGAGGCCUCAGCAGUGCCUGCCCCUGACUUUGAGUGGUACCGGGAUGACACCAGGAUAAACAGUGCUAAUGGCCUUGAGAUUAAGAGCACGGAGGGUCAGUCCUCCCUGACCGUGACCAACGUCACUGAGGAGCACUAUGGCAACUAUACCUGCGUGGCUGCCAACAAUCUGGGGGUCACCAAUGCCAGCCUAGUCCUUUUCAAGCGUGUUUCACCCACAAUUCCCCAUCCCAUUCAAGAAAUUGGCACCACCGUGCACUUCAAGCAAAAAGGGCCUGGGUCGGUGAGAGGAAUAAAUGGAUCCAUCAGUCUGGCCGUACCACUGUGGCUGCUGGCGGCAUCUCUGCUCUGCCUUCUCAGCAAAUGUUAAUAGAAUAAAAAUUUAAAAAUAAUUUAAAAAACACACAAAAAUGCGUCACACAGGAUACAGAGAGAGAGAGAGAGAGAGAGCGAGAUGGGGGGACACUGUUUAUUUCACAACUUUGUGUGUUUAUAAAUGGAGGGGGAAAUAAAACGAAGAAGAAAAUACAUUUAAAACCAUUUUAAGUCCAUCAAUAAAAAAUUUAAGUAUAAAUCAGGGUGGGAAAAGUUCUACAAGGAUAUGCGUAGAUCGAAGCAAAUGUAUGCUAUAUAAGGACUACAUCAUGCUAAGGACCCCGGAUGUUGUAAAAAUAAGACAAGUGAAGAAGUAUCAGAUGGAUAUUAACCCCCUCCCCUCCCCCCCCCCCACACACUUUAUCCUUCCUUCAUUCUUUUUCAUCUGUGGGGAAAGAAAAACUACGGUCUUGCCUUUGGUGUUUAUAUUGCCAUCAUCUUUUUAUUCUGUUUUUCAUUUGAGCUGACUUGUAGCCAUUUCAGACUAUCAGUGGAAUUUAUGCUGGAAUCCCGUGUUGAGCCUUUAUCUGGCUUUCCUGCCUCCACUAUCUCCCCAACUUUUA